AUGAACGCGCAGCUGACCAUGGAGGCGAUCGGCGAGCUGCACGGGGUGAGCCAUGAGCCGGUGCCCGCUCCUGCCGACCUCCUGGGUGGCAGUCCCCACGCGCGAAGCGCCGUGGCGCACCGUGGCAGCCACCUGCCCCCCGCGCACCCGCGUUCCAUGGGCAUGGCGUCCUUGCUGGACGGCGGUGGAGGCGGCGGCGAUUACCACCACCACCACCGGGCCCCCGAGCACAGCCUGGCCGGCCCCCUGCACCCCACCAUGACCAUGGCCUGCGAGACUCCCCCAGGUAUGAGCAUGCCCACCACCUACACCACCUUAACCCCUCUGCAGCCGCUGCCGCCCAUCUCCACCGUCUCGGACAAGUUCCCUCACCAUCACCACCACCACCAUCACCACCACCACCCGCACCACCACCAGCGCCUGGCGGGCAAUGUGAGCGGUAGCUUCACGCUCAUGCGGGACGAGCGCGGGCUGGCCUCCAUGAAUAACCUCUAUGCCCCCUACCACAAGGACGUGGCCGGCAUGGGCCAGAGCCUCUCGCCCCUCUCCAGCUCCGGUCUCGGCGGCAUCCACAACUCCCAGCAAGGGCUCCCUCACUAUGCCCACCCGGGCGCCGCCAUGCCCACUGACAAGAUGCUCACCCCGAACGGCUUUGAAGCCCACCACCCGGCCAUGCUCGGCCGUCACGGGGAGCAGCACCUCACGCCCACCUCGGCAGGCAUGGUGCCCAUCAACGGCCUUCCUCCGCACCACCCCCACGCCCACCUGAACGCCCAGGGCCACGGGCAGCUCCUGGGCACGGCCCGGGAGCCCAACCCUUCGGUGACCGGCGCACAGGUCAGCAAUGGAAGUAAUUCAGGGCAGAUGGAAGAGAUCAAUACCAAAGAGGUGGCGCAGCGUAUAACCACCGAGCUCAAGCGCUACAGCAUCCCACAGGCCAUCUUCGCGCAGAGGGUGCUCUGCCGCUCCCAAGGGACCCUCUCGGACCUGCUGCGCAACCCCAAACCCUGGAGCAAACUCAAGUCCGGCCGGGAGACCUUCCGGAGGAUGUGGAAGUGGCUGCAGGAGCCGGAGUUCCAGCGGAUGUCUGCGCUCCGCUUAGCAGCAUGCAAAAGGAAAGAACAAGAACAUGGGAAGGAUAGAGGCAACACACCCAAAAAGCCCAGGUUGGUCUUCACAGAUGUCCAGCGUCGAACUCUACAUGCAAUAUUCAAGGAAAACAAGCGCCCGUCCAAAGAAUUGCAAAUCACUAUUUCCCAGCAGCUGGGGUUGGAGUUGAGCACCGUCAGCAAUUUCUUCAUGAACGCGAGGAGGAGGAGUCUGGACAAGUGGCAGGACGAGGGCAGCUCCAAUUCAGGCAACUCAUCUUCUUCAUCAAGCACUUGUACCAAAGCAUGAAGGAAUAACCACGAACUAAACCUCGGUGGAAAAGCUUUAAAUAAAAAAAAAUUUUUAAAAGACCAGGACCUCAAGAUAGCAGGUUUAUACUUAGAAAUAUUUGAAGAAAAAAAAAAGCGUUAUUUAUAGUCCAAAGAAACCAAAGACUUCGCUCACCUGCAUUCUGACUUUGUUAGGAGACACACACUUCAGCGGGGCAACGACUUGGCAAGAAAAAUUAUGAGCGGGAAAGCACCACUGGAUCUCACACCUUCCAUCCAUGAUCAUUCUUGCUGUGCUUGGCUGUUUUGUGGUUUGGAGCAUAGUGAUUUUGAGCCAUUGAGUGGACCUCUCUUAAGAUCAGACUUUCUCAUCUGUUCCACCAUGCCGCGAAGGUGUAUGGUGUCUCAGUACUGUGUGUGGGUACGUGAGUGCAUACACACAUACACACACAC